AGGAGUUUAUUUCAAGCCGGAGUACAAAGUCACUAGAAAAAUACUAACCAAAAUGAUAGCGAUUGUUCAAGUAUUUGAUGACAUGUACGAUGUCUAUGCCACAUUGGAAGAACAAGUAGUCUUCACGAAAGCAAUUGAAAGGUGGGAUGUCGAUGCCAAAGAUGGAUUGCCAGAGUACAUGCAAGUGUGUUACCAGAUACUUCUUGAUUUGUAUGAUGAAUUUGGCUACGAACUGACUAGAAAAGGACAAUCAUACCACCUCUUCUAUGCAAAAGAAUUGAUGAAAAACCACUUGAGAACGUACUUCGCCGAAGCCAAAUGGUUCCACCAAAACCACAUACCAACGAUGGAGCAGUACAUGCCCGUUGCAUCAACAUCCAUUGGUUGUGAAUUGCUGUUGGGGACGUCGUUGCUGGGAAUGGGAGAUGUCGUAACAAAAAAUGAUUUUGACUGGUUAUUAUUCAGCGACCCCAAGAUGGUGAAGGCUUCGAAAGUAGUCGCGCGGCUCUUGGAUGACAUUGCUGGACAUAAGAAUUCUUUUACAGAUGGAGCAAAAGAGAGGACAUUCGGCAUCUUCGGUGGAGUGUUUCAUGAAACAAUACGGAGUUACAGAGGAAGAGGCUAAGGACAAUCUCCGUAAACAAGUGGUCGAUGCAUGGAAGGACAUGAAUGAAGCAGUGCGCCGUCCGAGCCCCGUCCCCAAGCUAUUCCUCGUGCGAAUUCUCAAUUUUGCACGAGUCUUCCAUGUGGUGUAUAUUGAUGAAAAGAUAACUACUCUCAUGCUGGAACCAAGUUCAAAGAGAAUGUCACUACUCUGCUCGUCGAUCCAUUGCCAAUGUGAUGCUUUGGAAGAGCAAGCAUAA